AUGUCCAUUCGCGUUCCUCAGAUUGACCUUUCUGUCGUCCUCAAGGACCCAAACCCUCAUAUCGACCUUAGAACACACACAUUUGAACAAUCCACACAGAACUUUCUCAAGGCGAUUACAACAUGGAAGAACCAAUCAAUAACCAAGAUUUCAGAACGGCGGAAGAGCCAAGCAAACGAGAAGAAGCGGUUACUGGACAGGAUACAUACAACAGAGUCGGAAACUAAUCAGUGUAAGCUGCGGGAGAUUGAGCUCGUUGCUGAACUUGAGAGGGAGAAGGAGGAACGCCAGGAAAUAGAGCUAUCGGUUGCUUCAUUCAACCGCCAACUUGCCUUGCUCAAAGACAAGACGAGUUCAAUAGACUCGGAGAUUGAGCAAUACCGAACGAUCACGGAGAACCUGCGGCGAGGUAUGCCUUCUUCACACCUCGCUGCAUCGAAAGCUGAAAGGACCCCUCCAGAGAAAAACAAGGAGCGUUCGAUAUUGCGCAAGAACGCAUCUCGGGUGGUGCCAGAACUUAAAUUUUGCGAACAAGCGUUAGCAUUUUCAAUGGAGGGGAUCGAAACCGACCACCUGCUUAUGCGUUUUUGGAACCUCGACCCUUCAGACCCAGAACGCGAAGCAAGUAUUGUCGUCGACGUUUCUUCAACAAACUAUCGAGUCCUAACAUCUACACCUCAACUUCCCUCACUGUCCAUUCUCGUUAGUACUUUAAACGAAACUACCGACAUAUACCUCUUCAUCAAGCAAGUGCGGGAAAAGUAUCGAGAGCUGGGACCAGAUAUAUGA